AUGGAGAACUAUCAGAAGAUCGAGAAAAUCGGAGAGGGAACGUAUGGCGUCGUUUACAAGGCAAGAGACCUGAGCCACCAAGGCCGCAUCGUGGCUCUCAAAAAAAUCAGACUCGAGGCAGAGGACGAGGGCGUACCGAGCACGGCCAUUCGAGAGAUUUCCCUCCUAAAAGAAAUGCACGACCCGAAUAUCGUUCGGCUUUUUAACAUCGUUCAUGCCGACGGACAUAAACUAUACCUCGUCUUCGAAUAUCUUGACCUGGAUCUGAAGAAGUAUAUGGAAGCGCUUCCUGUUAGCGAAGGUGGUCGAGGGAAAGCACUUCCAGACGGUUCGAAUCUCGAUAUGGGCCGAUUGGGACUGGGUGACGCUAUGGUUAAAAAGUUCAUGGCCCAGCUUGUGGAGGGUAUCCGUUACUGCCAUAGUCAUCGAGUGCUUCACCGUGAUUUGAAACCCCAGAACUUAUUGAUUGAUCGGGAAGGCAACCUGAAAUUAGCGGACUUUGGUCUUGCCAGAGCUUUUGGCGUUCCGUUGCGAACAUAUACCCACGAGGUCGUAACCCUCUGGUAUCGGGCCCCAGAGAUCUUGCUAGGUGGACGCCAGUAUUCAACAGGCGUUGACAUGUGGUCCAUCGGAGCUAUCUUCGCAGAGAUGUGCACCCGAAAGCCAUUGUUCCCUGGAGAUUCAGAAAUUGACGAAAUCUUCAAAAUCUUUAGAAUACGUGGUACUCCUGACGAGAGGACAUGGCCUGGUGUAACCUCGUUCCCCGAUUUCAAAACCUCAUUCCCCAAAUGGAGACGUGAAGAUAUCCGCAAACUAGUUCCAGGUUUAGAGGAAAGCGGAAUCGCGCUACUAGAAGCCAUGCUUGAGUACGAUCCUGCCCGUCGCAUCUCCGCCAAACAGUCCUGCGUUCACCCUUACUUCCGCUCCUGUAGUUCGGCCUACUCUGGUCGCGGCAGAACAGUGAAUUACCACUGA